AAUCGCCUGAUUCAUUAACGUGGAGAAAAUGUCGGGGAGAAUCAAGUCUUUCUCGUCACAGUAUGUGGAUCUUUCACGAUUGGGCUUCACGGUUUGGUGGACAGUUCUGCUUGUGGUGCACCUGCUGACAGGAGGAUACAACGCAGCAUUUGCACUGUUUUACCAUGAACUCAAGCAUACCUAUCUGUACCUCUGCCUCGAUUACUCAGGAAUCGGGAUGCCGGCGGAAAACCAUGAGGUCAUAUCGCUUGUGAACGCAGUUAUGGCCGCCAUCCACGGUGGGUUCGUGCUACUGAUGGUAGGGGGCUCGAUUUGGCAUCGGACAUUAGUUUUUUCUCCUUGGGACACGAAUAAAGGCCAAGACUAUAGGACCAGCAAACUCAACUCGGCUGAUAAGGCGGCAGGGCUAAAACCUAAAGCUGGAGGUGUCCCGCCAAAAUCCCGACUAACUCGAGCUUAUUCGAAGGUUUUAGGCCGGCGAGGGUUGGUCGGUGUCAAUGGACGCAGCUUCCACACAAUUCUUCUUGCUCGUGAGCUUGUGGAGACGGCACUACAGACCGUUCAAGCUUAUCGGAUGAGCUGGCUGCUACCAAGAGUGUUGCUAAAUCGCUUCUAUAUGACGCUGAUAGUGCUGAACUGUUGGUCGUCUGUCUUGGUAUAUUCUCUGCUCUUUAAGCGAAACGAGGCCCGGAAACGGUUCGCAUAUCUUGUCUGUGAUUGUACAUUGAACUUGGUUUCAUCUAUCGGUGUGCCGUUGAUCGUUGUGCUUACGUAUGUAGACCAGUACGAUCCUGAGUUGACCGGUUUCCCUGUCGAGAUGUGGUACGAUGACGAGUGGUCCGCUCGCGUUCUAAACGAGUUUCAGAUGAUUCUCGUGGUUUCGUGGAUGGACUUGGCAAGUCGAACUAUUUUCUCGAUCGGUGUGCUUUCUACCACCAACAACUUGAAAGAUCUUCUGCGUAAAACAUCGGGUGCCAGUUCAAGACGCAUUAUUGUGUGUGAUGCCGAACCUGCCAAAAUUCCAACUAACACAGAAGAAUCAGCUAAAACAUCUUCAGGAAAAGUGAAAACGCACCAGAAUCCAAGGACACAUAAAAGCAGUUUUGUCUUACACGCAGUCUACGGAAUAUUCGCACUGUGGGGGUUUGCGGUCAUUGGAGUACAUAUACAAUCGUCGGCGCAGCCAGAACAACCACAGUGCGUACUACAGGUACGUCCAUGGGCUGUGUCAAGUCCAGCUUGCUAUCUGGCAGUUCUUGAUUGCCAUCGCCUUGGCAUUUCUGGCAAGAAAGAUGAAGUCGAGGUCAAGUGGAACGAAUUUGAUCGGUCUACAGUCGUCACUUUGGUAAUUCGCCACUGCCCAUCGCUUGAAGUACCCGACACGAUUUCAGAUUUCCAUAUCACCACUGGCAUUAAAGUGUACAACUCGACUAUUAACGAGUGGGGGGAAUCCGCAGCUGUCACAAAUACUAACCACCCCGCGCUCAUUUGGUUUUACUUUGUCCGUGUUCAAGUGAAGGAUGGAGUUCUGCCAGAUGGAAUUCUAUCGUCUGAUUUUCCCGGCAAUUUGUACGACCUCGAAUUUACCUACACGAACAUCCGAGAACUACCAGAUGACCUAGAUUCAAAGUGGCUGAUUGGAACGACUGUGUAUUUUGAAUACAGCGAGUUGAUCGGCGUGCCAGAUUCAUUAAUUCGCCUUGAACCUUAUAGUAUCUCGCUGAUAGGAAGCCCCAUUACUGAAUUGCCACCGGAAAUCUUUGAGAUCGCGGAUUUGUGGUAUAUGUACAUGGCGGGUAUUCACAUCGAAGAACUGCCUCGAGAUGUCGUAAAUCUUUCACCCAACUUGGUGUACGUGGUCUUGGCUGAUACCAACGUUUCGUUCUUGUGGCCUUGGGUAGAUACACUUGUGGAGAUGUACCCUCCACUGUAUUUGGGCGGGUCACAAUACUGUGCUGAUUUCGAGAAAAUUAUGAGCGGAGAAACCCAGACGUUUAGCGUAUCAUCGCCUGAAUAUUCGACAAUGCUUAUGGAUCCAUCGGAGGCGAACCGUGAUUUUCUUUCUCGCACCGUCAACUGCGACGAAGGAUACGGAAUGACUGUUUACCCUGUUGGUUAUGAGGAUAGCAUUAGCGCAAUAGCAUAAUAUUUCGAUAAACAAUGGUCUACAUAAUAAAACCUACAACGUCUUUCACGA